GGUUACCUCAUGGCGACACACCACUUAAUCAGACAGAUCAAUCGACUAAAGGUACUGGCCCAGCGCAGUACGGACAAUGGAUACUAUAAUACAGCGUGGAGUGCGAUGCGUAAAGCACAGAAAAUCUGGACCCCAGCGCUUGGUAUAUCCAAGCCUAACUUCUCAAGCGAAGGCUGGCGAAAACUUGACAUCGAACGUUUGAAUGAGCUAGUGGCACUCGCUCAGCGAUACAAGAACAGUGGAUUGUGUGAUGCAGCCUGGAUUGCGAUGCGCAAGGCUCAGAAAAUAUGGACACCAGAGCUUGGUAUAUCGAAGCCUGACUCCUCUAGCGAAGGCUGGCGCGAGGUUGACAUGGAGCAGAUAGUUGAGACGACUGCCAUCACUGAGGAAAAUGAACUUAUUGGGUUGGAGAACAGAGCAAGAGUUGCACUGGAGACGGCUCAUAUCGCCUGGGAAAGACUCCCAGAGCCCAAACCUCCAAGACCACAAAUAUCGCCAAAAGCUAGGCGCCAAUGGUGAAGAGUCCUAAAUAGCUGGCAAGAGGGAAUUUGGCCAGCUGCAGAUUUGUCUACAUUUAGCUGUCCCAUUUGUAUAGAAGAUCUGUUAGGAACAUGCUAUAAGCACAGCGCAUGCUGGAAAACAUUCCG